GGAUGGCGCAGCGCUAGCGGCACCGGAAGUGGAGGGGCCACUGGGCAGCCAUGGCGAAGUUCUCCCUGCAACGGGGUGAGAAGUGGGGGGCGGGAUGAAAGGGGGCGAGGCUUCCUCUCCCGCCGCGAAAGAGAAAGAGGCGGAGAAGUCUUGCCCUUCUCUUCCUCCGGUCUCAUCCUUUGGACUCCUCUCGAGAGCCUGAGAGGUUUUCUGGGGUCUCCUCCUCUCCGAGCAGUUCUUCCUCCCUUUGGAAUUGGUCUGAAGAAAACAGGACCUCUCAGUGACAAAUAUCCAGAAGUAUUAACUGAGACUAUGGAAAUGAUGCUAGACAAAAAACAAAUUCGAGCGAUUUUCUUAUUCGAGUUCAAAAUGGGUCGUAAAGCAGCGGAGACAACUCGCAACAUCAACAACGCAUUUGGCCCAGGAACUGUUAAAGAACGUACAGUGCAGUGGUGGUUCAAGAAGUUUUGCAAAGGAGACGAGAGCCUUGAAGAUGAGGAACGUAGUGGCCGGUCAUCAGAAGUUGACAACGACCAAUUGAGAGCAAUCAUUGAAGCUGAUCCUCUUACAACUACACGAAAAGUUGCCAAAGAACUCAACAUUGACCAUUCUACGGUCGUUCGGCAUUUGAAGCAAAUUGGAAAGGUGAAAAAGGUUGAUAAGUGGGUGCCUCAUGAGCUGACCGAAAAUCAAAAUCGUCGUUUUGAAGUGUCAUCUUCUCUUAUUCUACGCAACAACAAGGAACCAUUUCUUGAUCGGAUUGUGACGUGUAACGAAAAGUGGAUUUUAUGUGACAACCGGCAACGACCAGUUCAGUGGUUGGACCGAGAAGAAGCUCCAAAGCACUUUCCAAAGCCAAACUUGCACCAAAAAAAGGUCAUGGUCACUGUUUGGUGGUCUGCUGCUGGUCUGAUCCACUACAGCUUUCUGAAUCCAGGCGAAACCAUUACAUCUGAGAAGUAUGCUCAGCAAAUCGAUGAGAUGCACCGAAACCUGCAACGCCUGCAGCCAGCAUUGGUCAACAGAAAGGGCCCAAUUCUUCUUCACGACAACACCCGCCCACAUGUCGCACAACCAGCGCUUCAAAAAUUGAACGAAUUGGGCUACGAAGUUUUGCCUCAUCCGCCAUAUUCACCUGACCUCUUACCAACUGACUAUCACUUCUUCAAGCAUCUCGACAAUUUUUUGCAGGGAAAAUGCUUCCACAACCAGCAGGAUGCAGAAAAUGCUUUCCAAGAGUUCAUUGAAUCCCAAAACACGGAUUUUUACACUACAGGAAUAAACAAACUUCUUUUUCGUUGGCAAAAAUGUGUUGAUUGUAAUGGUUCCUAUUUUGAUUAAUAAAGAUGUGUUUGAGCCUA